AACAGCAAUCUCUUCCUUACUAUKAUGAGCAUUACAACAAGAUUUUUGCUUAUUUUGCUUCUUGGUCUUCRCAUCAAGAACGCUAGUGGAAAUCAAAUAUCUUUUAAGAAUGGUGACUUUGUUGUUAGCUGGAAUCGCAGCUCUGAUGAGAUCGAGUUCACAAUCAAGGCCAAAACAACUGGUUGGUUGGCAUUGGGAAUAUCUAAAGAGAACACACAAAUGCAAAAUAUCGAUUUAUUUGUUGGAAAAUACCAGAAUUCUGCCCCUAGCGUCGAGGACUACUUCUCAAUUUCUCAAAGAAUGCCGGAUUUGGACUCUCAACAAAAUGUUAUUCUGAUCAGCGGCAGUGAAGACAAUGGUUUUACAACAAUUAUCUGCAAGAGAAAACUAGCAACUGGCGAUGRGAAAGAUAUCAAAAUCGAGCCUGGAUCAAAGUACUAUUUAGCGUGGGCAUACGGUACAUCAGAMAGCUUACAAUAUCACUUCUCGACACGAGGUUAUAGUUCAGCCAUGAUAGAACUAGUACCACCACCACCACUGACUACUUCAUCAAUGACGUCAUCACUAUUACCUACGUCAUCAUCCAUGUCCCCAUCGCCAACGUUACCAACGCCAACACCGACGUCAUCCCUGGCGUCAUCUUCAAAAUUUACCUCGUCAGUGUCGAUGUCACAGCCAACGUCACCAACGCCAACAUCGACGUCAUCCCUGACUUCAUCGUCAAAGUUUAUCUCGUCAGUGUCGAUACCAUCAACAGCAGCUCCAUCGCCAAUCUUCUCUUCAUCAUCAUUGAUGUCAUCGCUAGUAUCAUCGACGUCAUCAUCAGGACUUCCAUCUUCACCAAACAUAGUGACGUCAUCUUUGGUAUCAACUUCAUCUGCAAUGACGUCAUCAGUCCAAUCAAAGUCUUCAAUAUCAUCAUCUACGUCAAUACCAGUGUUGGCAACAACUUCUUCUGUAAUGACGUCACCACCUACGACGUCAACUCCAGUUUUUGUUGACAAACUUGUCUUCAAUAAUGGUGGCUACAACGUGUCAUGGAAGUACGAUUCACAAAAUAAAGAAGUCAUUUUUACUCUCACAGUAAAAGCAACUGGUUGGAUUGGAGUUGGGAUUUCGGACGUGAACUCGGGCAUGCAUCAAAUGGAUGUCGUGGUGGCCUGGGUCGACUCAAAUGGACAAAAUCAUAUCAAGGACUUCUAUGCCAAUGCGACGGGAAGACCGAGUAGAGACGGGGAUCAAGAUGCAAGUCUUUUGAAUGGAAUGCAGAAAUCAGGUAUAACAACCAUUGAAUACAAGAAAAGCAUUAAAACAGGAGACAGCAACGAUAUUGAACUCGUGCCAGGAAAGUCCUACUACAUUGCAUGGGCGUAUCACCUCACAAGUGAUGACUUCGUAAUACACACGAAGCGUGGCUACAGUAAACAAAAGGUUGUCAUUGUACCAAGUGAACGACCGACAACCAAACCGACAACCGCCAAACCGCCCAUUCCAAAAACUGGCGCAUCUAAAGAAUCGUGUACAAUAUCUGUCGUAGUGUUUGCCUUUGCUAUAGCAAUGAUGGUACAAUGAAUAUUAAGCGCGUCCAUAAUGUUCAAGUUGCGACUGAAUGGUUUAUUAAGGCCCGUUUACACCUGCGAUUUUUGCAGAGCGAAAAUCUUCUGAGCAGGACUGUGUAAGAUUUGAGUUGCGCGAUAGCAAAGUGGCGAUUAUCGCGCUGCAAAAAUCGCAARUGUAAACGGGCCAUUAAAGAGACUAAAAAUCAUCGAAAAUGCGUAGAAGAGACCRAGGCAUAUGAAGUAAUUUUAUUCACCUUGAGAACAUCUGCAGAGAUAUUGUGUUUGUAUUUCGUGCAGGMCUUUUUCAAGAUUUUGCUAUAAACUUUAAGGAUAGUAUUCUCCUUGUAAAAAGACAAAUUCGAAAGUUAAAUUGAAAUAAUCCUUAGUGCAUGCAAACUUAGCGAGCGUGACUGCUGCCAAGUAGAGACAGAUGCUCUAAAACAAACCAAACCGUUAAAACUAUUGCCACUUAUCAGUGAAUGUGAUGUACUUKCAAUGAUUUUUGACAUUUGUUGACUUUUGGUAAAUUAGAAAUAUGACAUUUCAGUUGGACAAAAUAAUUGAAUGUAAAGAAUCAAAACUUUAAUCUUUGAUAGCUCAAUUCAGGUGGUUAUAGUGUACACAAGUUCUAACAUCACUAGAGUGAACACAUUUAAUCCGUGAAAUUGUACAAAAUAAAUUAAAGAUAGCACGAAAUUGCACUAAAUCUGACAAUGAAGCAGAACUGCUUUUGAAUCACCAUCGUUCUUUAGAGCAUGUUAGAGUGAUCGCAUAUCACUCUAGUGAUAUUUAGUUGUAUUUAGUAAAUCUUGCAUGUAGUACGCAAAUUAAAUUGAAUUGAUACAAAUGAAGCAUUCAACACCGUCUUGCUUCAGGUCGACUUUUAGUGCAAAUUAGUACAACUUAGAUUUUGUACAGUUGCGCAAUCUCUUGUACGAUCAGUCGAUCGGAACAUCAUUUAUUGCACAAAAUAGUACAAAGAGGUUACUCUACAAAUGUUUGAAACAAAACUUUAUGCUGACUUAUGGUAUAGUUUUCCAUGACAACUCGUCCAGCACAUCCUCCUUAAAUUACAACUGAUUGUAAGUCGGGUGGGGUUGAUAUCUAAGUAAUAAAAUAUCUGUAUUACUAAC